CACACAUAGAGCUGUUGUUCAGACCGGGGUCCUGAGAGUGGGGUUCAGAGUCCCGUCUGGCAGAAAGCAUUCUGCAUUCUCAGGGACGUGCUUGGAGUGGACAAAUCAUGCUGAUUGUGUGGAAGACAAACCCAGCGCUGCUCCCAAGAUGAAGGCAGAGAGGGAGGCAUCAUCCAAAGAGACAGCCGUUCCUUCACUGUAUCUUCUGCUAUGCUUUUUCAUCUUUUCCUUGGCAGAUGUAGUUGGGGUAAACAUCAGCAGUCCGUCUCCUUUAGUUCGAGGUACACUAGGAAGCUCUGCCCUUCUCUCUGUGACCUAUACCAGCACCAGCUCCGACCAGCCCGUCAUUAAGUGGCAGCUGAAAAGGGACAAACCUGUCACUGUGGUUCAGUCGAUUGGCACAGACAUCAUUGGAAACCUGAGGCCAGAGUACCGUGGCCGAAUCCUCCUGUUCGAGAAUGGAUCCCUCCUUCUGCAUCAGCUACAGCUCUCUGAUGAGGGGGCCUACGAGGUGGAGAUCUCCAUCACUGAUGAUACCUUCACUGGUGAACGAUACUUAAACCUCACCGUAGAUGUUCCAGUGUCCAGGCCUUUUGUGCACAUGGUGGCGUCAUCCGUGUUGGAGUUAACUGAACUCUUUAUACUUAACUGCACUCACGACAGUGGCACCAAACCCACCUAUAGUUGGUUGAAAGGCGGGAAAUUUUUAACCAAUGACUCACAUCUCCUCCUGUCACAUGACCAGAAGGUCCUGACUAUCUCCCGUGUUGUGAUGUCAGAUGAUGACAUCUACAGCUGCAGGGUGGAGAACCCCAUCAGCAGUAUGAAGAGUCUGCCUGUCAAACUCACUGUCUACAGACGGAGUUCUCUCUAUAUCAUCCUCUCCAUGGGAGGCAUUUUCUUACUCAUCACCUUGGUGACUGUGUGUGCCUGUUGGAAGCCCUCCAGAAAAAAAAGGGAACAGCUUGCCAGACAGAGCGGACAAAAUUUAGCAGAGCAAAGCAAUGGCAAUCAUGAGGUUGAUAUUGUGCCUUCAAGAGGUUACCAUAAUCAUCGGAACCCAGGGGGACUAUAUGUUCUCAAAGAAACAGAUUUCCCUGAGGGAGCAGAUGAGUCUUCCUGUAAUUUUAUCAACCCUAUUGAUCCCCUCAGCCCACCCUGUUAUCCCAGCAUGGCACCACAUUCUGCAUACUCUCCCGAUGCUUAUAUGCACUCCGGAAGAAGAUACCCCAGCACCCCUAUACCCUCUCCUUCAUCAACCUCUCAUCCAAUGUUCUCUCCACCCCUCUCUUGUCCCCUACACCUGGGCAGCUUAACACGCAAGCCACACCCUCCAAGAGUAAGCCCCUCCCCUCCACAUGCAAGAAGAACUUCCUGUUGAACAGAAAAGCAGUAUGCACCACUACAGAUCAACGUGAUGAGCAAGAUGGAAACACAUGGAGAGCAUUGAAUGUAAAAUCCCCAGAAUGAGAGUAUGUAUGUGUAUAUGGGGUAAUUAGUUAUUUUAACAUCUUUUGUAAAUGUUAGUGUUUUUUGUUUUCAAAAAAAUUUACAUUGUUGAAUGAAUAACGUAAAAGACCAAAUGUUACAGAUCUCUAGUUGUAAAGUAAAGAACUGGAUGGAUUAACUGUUUUUUGCAUACUAAUAUAAAAUAGUAAAAUGUCAUUUACUUUUAUCAUUCAGAUGUUUUCUGGUCUAUAUUCAGCUGUUAACUUUAAAGUAAUAGCAUACACUGAAAGAUAUAUUAGAAAAAUAUGCAAUUCAAUUGCAGAUAUAAUUCUAUAUUAGGCCAACUUGUCAUUAUCUGAAAAUCUGGGUAAAAUAUGACUGUAUUUAGUGUUAAAAAUAAUUUUCAUUCCUUUUUAAUAUGAUAAGUAUCAUUCAAAUAAUAUCACCUGUUUCCUUAAUGUUUAAGUAAAGGAAUAUUCUGGGUUCAACUCAGUCAAGCUCAAUCGACAGCAUUUGUGGCAAAAUAUUAAUUACCAUUACCAAAAAAAAAUAAAAAAAAUAUCGAGGUUACAGUGGUUCAGCACUCACAAUUACAGUUUUUCUCAGUCAAUUUUAUAAAUUUCUCCAAACUAUAAUCAGUGCUCUCAAAACAAUUCACACAGCGGACGAAACAGACACUCAAAUUUGCAAAACAAUUAAAUUUCACUGCACAAUGAAGCAACAUAUUCUUUUCUGAUAAUGCAUUUAUUAAAACUAAAUACUAACAUCAAAACUAUAGAUGUGUUCUCUAUUGAAUUCAUAACAUGUUCAGCUAUAGACACACAAGUCUAUGAUUGAAAUAACACAUUUAUCAUAAAAUCCACAGUAAAGACCUUUUUCCAUAUGUUCUCAUAAAAUGUCUCUAAAUUUCUAGUUGUCGCUGUCCUUCCUCUUCCAAUGCCAAUCCUCACUCUUCUUCUUUUUUGUUGAGAUUGAAGUCACUGUAGAUCUGCUCACAUUAGGCCGAACACUCUGUGUGUCAUAGAGAGACCAUAAUUCAUAAAACGAUCAAUUAGAGGGACUCGCAGAUCAUUUGAGCCUUCUUUAUUCUAAUCUUCCACCCUGAUGUCCUCUUUCUGUUCACCAUCAUUACACCAUCUCCAUUUGGUCUUUCCUGAAGUCUUUCCAUGCACACACCUGACAGAGUUGAGAAAACAUUCCCCUUUUCUCAUCACUUCUUCCUCAGAUUUUCUCUUUCUUUACCCACUCUACCUCUUCUUCUUCCUCAUUGUUUGUUUGCCGUGAAUUUUCAUAUUUGACCCCUUUUAUAGAUAACAGAGUCAUGAUAGUUGUGUGAAAGGUUUAGUAAAUUGCAUUUUCUUUGCUGUGUGCAUUACUAACUCUGCCGAUAUUAAUAUGAUAAUAUAAUAAUAUUAAUAUUAACUUGACAUGUGCAUUUGAUAAUAUGACUUUAAUAUAGUUGUCGGUGUUAACUGUUUUGAAAGCAUGAGUUUUGGAUCAGAGAAAUUUGUAUGUAGUGUUUCGAGAAAAUGAGGAAAAUCAAGAAAAAUGCACAGUCUGUUUUGGACAAUUACAAAGUUUUCAGAUGGCUGUGUUAAUUGUAUGAGAGCAGUGACCUGAGUUUGGAGAUAUGCGUAAAAUCGAUCGAGAAAAACUGUAAAGUGAAUGGGGCCAAUUUUUGAGGGGUUUAAAGGCAGAAAUGUGAAGCUUAUAAUUUUAUAAAAGUAUUUACAUUCAUUCAUUAACGCACGUAUUAUUUGAGCUGUCAAGUUGUUUAAAUCAUCAUUCUUUCAAUAAUUUUAGGGUUUUUUGACUACGUCAUGGCAACGAAGUUGUAAAAUUGGCUUUAAACUUACACAGAAAAUGAUAGUAAGCAAUUUUAUCACACUAAAAUCAUGUUAACACACAUUGUUUAUGUCUUGUGGCUAUACUUUUGAAACAGUGAGUAUUUUAACGUUUACAGAUUGGCCCCAUUCACUUCCAUUGUAAAUGCCUCAUUGUAACCCAGAUUAAGCUUUUUUUAAAGAAAAGCAGGGGCAAGUCAAAAUUAAUUUUUGUGGUAAUCAAUAUUAUGCAACAAAUACUGUCGAUUGAGCUUAACUUGUGUUGAACCCGGAAUAUUCCUUUAAGUCAUCAAAUUAACAAAGACACUCCUAAAGAGACACCAGCUUCCACGAAAGAACAGCAUAAGAGAAUUGACACUUUAUAACCACCAGAGGCUGCCAUAUCACUAUCAAUCAAUCCAACAUCGUGGGCAACAAAUUGUUUAGCUUUUGUUUUUUGGGUCUUUCUCUGCUUUUUGUCUUGAAAUAAAGAGAGGUUUUCGUUACUGGUACAACGAGUAAACAAAUAAAAGCAUUUGCUUCAAAUGACUUGAAAGUUUUACCUUAAGAAGAAGAAAGCAGUAUUUACAAAAUCACCUUUCAUCAACUACUAAUAAAAUGAAUCUCAAUAUUAAAUCUGGAUUUUGAGCGAAACUUUUAGUUAACACUGAUGACGCAAUCAAAUAAUCCUGGCUGCGAGGCCCAAGGACUUAUUUGCUGAAGCUAAAUAUUUGUACUUUUGAAAAACGUUUUAUUAUUAUUUGAUACGUUUUACAUGAAAUAGGGGUGUUGGCGCCGCCAUUUUAGCGUAGAUUAACCGGUAAAUAGUUCAUAAUUGACGGAGCUAAUGAAACCAUUGGAGCUAACAUAUGGCCUGCGUGCUAGUAGCGGCCCACCGGACACCGCCUUCGGUUCACCGGAGUUUUGCUUAUCGUUUUCCCAGCGGACCUCCAGCGACAGCCGCCAUUUUUCCGACAGUGGUUCGCUUGUUUAUAAUAAAUUAUUUCUGGCGGCCCACGGUCGGUCCACGGUUCAUUUAUUUGCUCACACUAUAUCCAAAAUAACUGAGGGAAAAAAUAUUUAAAAAUAUAUAAAUAAAUAA